UCCUACGGGACAUAGGUGGAGCAACCACAUGGAGACGAAAGACGGUAACAUGCUAGACUAUGGGUAUGAUGUGGCGGAGAAUCCAUGUAAGCCACAAUUUGAGACAUAUAUUCAAGACAGCAAGCAAUUGGGAUAUGAAUCAUGUCAAAAUCAAGAGCAGGAUGAAUGUGUUAAGCAACCAGCAGAAUAUUGUUGUGAUACGACGGAUCAGGCGACAAAAGUUGCGACAUAUAUUCAAGAGAAAUGUUCAAGGAAAGAGCCUGCUUCAAUACACCAGAGUGAGAAAAUGAAAAGACCACAAAACGCACAUUCGAGUCCGGUUGUCCAAGACCGCAACGCUCAAGCCAAGUCCAAUCGACAUAAAUUCGCGUUCUUUCAAUGGAGUUAAACAGUGAUUCAAAGCAGUUGUUAUGUGGCCAGAAUUUGUUUGUUUCCUAAUG